AUGUCAGCUAAAAGUUUGUCCGGCGUGGCUGGCGUCUCGUUUCGCGCCGAUAUCCCCCUCAGCCGGCGCUGGGACGUCUGCAGCACGGACUACUAUCCCAGCACAUCGGAGAGCUCGUUGAGGAGCAGCGCGUGUACUAUUGAGACGAGACCGGACUUCGAGUCCCGCGCGAACAGUAGCCUCGUCGUGAACGCGAAAGGAAACACUGCCCUCUACUGGCUCUUCGUAAAAAAGAAGCUUAUGAGAAUCUUCCACGUGCCCAGGCUGAACUGCCACGUUCGCAUGUGCCACCAGGAGAUUUGUCGAGGAGAAAAGCAAACGAACGUCAGCGUUUCGGAACAUUUUUAU